AUGUUACCGCGGCGGCACUGGCUUGUAGCUCUUUGCUCGCUACUCUAUGUCGACCUCGCCUUAGCCGGUGUGAUUAACCCUCUUCUGCAACGGAGGGCCGAGCAAAGCACCACGGCUGCAGCUGCAAAAACAGAGGAUGCUUCUUCUUCUGCUUCUCCUGUAGCCACAUCAUCAACAGCGGCGACAGCGACAUCCUCCGAUGGCGCUGAGAACAGAAAAUCUACGUCUGCAUCACAUGCAACAACAACAGCAACAGCAACAGCCACUACGUCAGCGAGCACUUCGACCUUGCUGUCGAGCGUACAGGCUAGCUCCACAAUAGUCAGCACUACGAGUUCCCUGAAUCUGACAUUUUACAACUCUACGAUUGCUUCAGGCCAGUUGCCUCUGAAGCCGGAGGUAACUCCCGGCUGGGGAGUUGCUGGCGCCAUCAUGAUUAUUACAGGUGUGGUCUAUGCCCUCAUCGGCAUCAAGAAGCGCUCGUUGCACAUAUGUCUCUCUACUGCCUACAUGACUAGUCUUGGCACUACGGUUCUGAUUAUAUACGUUAUGUCGCCACCAUUCAGCCAUGCAGUCCAGGGCGGCUUUGUCGCGGCUGCCGUCUGCACCGGACUCAUCUUGGGUGGCGGCGCCUUCCUCUUCAAGGAAAUCACCGAAGGCUUAGGCUGUAUGCUCGGUGGUUUCUGCUUCAGCAUGUGGCUGCUGUGUCUUCACAAAGGUGGUCUGCUGCCUCACAGCACCGGCAAGAUCAUCUUCAUCGUCGCCUUCACCAUUGGAUUCUUUGCCUUCUACUGCUCUCACUGGACUCGCCAGUACGCCCUCAUUGCCUGCAUUUCUUUUUCUGGCGCCACCGUCACGGUUCUGGGCAUCGAUGCAUUUAGUCGCGCCGGUCUCAAAGAGUUCUGGGCCUAUAUCUGGAACCUCAACAACAACCUCUUCCCUCUUGGAGCCGACACCUACCCGCUGACAAGGGGCAUUCGCGUCGAAAUUGCAGUCAUAAUUGUCAUAUUUUUGGCCGGCAUUGUCUCUCAACUGAAACUAUGGCACAUCGUGCAAGAGCGUCGUGCGAAACGAGACGCCGAGCGUGCUGAGGAUGAGCGUGCUCUGCAGCUGAAAGACGAGGAACAAGGUCGUCGGUUCGAAGAAACCAACGCACGUGAGCGGAAGGAAUGGGAGGCCAAAUACGGAAACGGAGAAACUGGAAGCAACAAGCACAACUCCACGACCGAUUCGGGCGUAGGAGACAUGGGGACCGAGAAGGGCGUGUCCAUUGAGAGACCAUCCCGGCCACAAUCACGGAUGCAGGGAGCUGAGGACGAUUUAGAAGCGGCAUCGGAACCAAUCGAGCUGGUGGAUAUGCAACCUCAGCCCAAGGCCGCAGCCGAGAUGAUCCUGGAACAUGAUGCAAAGGACGGCGCCCUCACGGUUUGCGUGGCGGCUGAUGACUAUCCCGAGGGCAUGCAGCCGUCCGAGACAGGUGUCGAUGGUGUCGCCCCAACAGCGGAUGUAGCUGCAGGGUCUACCCAGAAGUCGAUCAGAAAGGUCUCAAACGACUCGGCAGGCGUAUGGGCCGCUGGGCCGGAAAUUGUGCCGCUGCCUUUCAAGAUCCCAACAACCGUCCACGAGGAGGAAGCCGAAGCCGGAGAAAAUUGCACAACCGGACAGGGCGAUAACGAUGACCGAUCCUCCGUGGCCACUUUUGCCGACGAAGACGAAGUCAUAGUGUCAGCGUAUCCGCACCGACGCUCGCUUGCAAAGCGUCUAUCCCAAGGCUCAGCCGAUCUCCUGCGCGGCCUAUCGAAGCGAGCAAGUCCAACGCAGAUAAGAAGCAACGAUGGCACAGAGCGAAAUGAAAGCAAAGAGGAGCUUUUGAGUUCGCCGCAGUCUACCGCCCUGCUUCAGGACGAGAAGGAUAAGGAUGACAGCAGCUCGUUGGCUGCGACUAUCGAUGAAACCAGCUCCAAGGACAGCUAUUCGGUACGGGAUGAGGAGGAGGAUGUCGACGUAAUUGAGGAGCAAUCUCCACACAACAGCGAAGUGCACACAGAGCUGUCUGUAGCUAUCGAAACGGUGGAACCGGUCGCCACAACGGCCAUCCAACAACAGGAGACGACAGAGCUCUCGGCAGCUGAUUUGCCGACUAAGAUCCAGCAAGACGAAACGAUGCCAGAGACACCGAACCGCAAGACACCAUCGGCCGCCUCAGCCGAGUGGACGCCGCUUCUUGAAGCAAACCAACGGCCACAACCGGUCCAGGCCGUCGAAGCAGUGGCCGGUGCAAAAGAGGAGGAGGCCACGACCCCGACUGACAGUGCAGCACACGGCAACGAGACGCCGCGGCCGGUAAAUGUGGACGAGCUACAGCAGACAGCCGAGACCGGAACACCGGCGCCCGCCGCUCCACGGCGGUCAUCUCUGCCGGUCGCGUCCCGGUCUGGCUCAUACCAGUCUUUGGGAAACAUGCCUGCGGCAGUCCGGGGAAGUGUGGGCGGUGGGUUCCGAAGCAUAUCGAGCGGUCACCUGGCCCGGCACACGUCGGCUCUGCAUAACGAGCCGAUCGCGGAGGAGGACGACGCAGCAUCGGCAGACGCAGAUGGCCACUCGCCAACCAGUCCCACUUCGCCGGGUCUGACGCCGUAUUCCGGCCCACAAACGCUGAUUGGGCGACGCGAGAUGCUUCUCCGGAGCAAAUCCCAAGGCUUCUACAUCGGUGGACCCAUCACGCAGCAUAUAGAGGCCAGCAUGUCGAUGCCGGUGAUCCCAUCGUCGGGGACUAGUGACAACGGCAGCGGGUCGGCACAUGAUCUGACAACGGCCGACCUGGAUGACUUGCCGAUGAAUAAGCGUCAUGAGAUAAUGAUGCGGCAGCAGAGCUAUGCCAGCAUUGUCGGUGCGGAUGGCAAUGGUGGCUCGGUGGUCCAAACGCCAAUGGCUGGCAUUGUCGCCUUCGACAGCCACCAGCCAAAGCGCGGGCAGGCAAAGAUGGCGACAAAUACAGCGCGCCAGUCGCAGCUGGCAGCAUUCCGGAGCUCGGUGGCCCUGGAUCUAAACGGUUUGAUUCAAGCCCCGGCCCAAGCUGAGACUGGAAGUCCGAGACUACGCGAGUCCGUGUCUGCACAUGUGCUGCAGAACCGGUCGACGUCGACGGCGUCACUGAUGCCAACACCACAGGAUGUGGCCCACGUGAAGCAGUCGAUCGAGCAGCAGCGGAACUACAUGCUGGGCCUAAGAGAAGCAGAGGCGCAGCGGCGGGAGAUAAAGCUGCAAGACAAAGCGCGUACCGAGCGUGCUUUUGAGGAGCGCAUGCGCAAGGGCGACCUGAUGGCGGCGCAUCGAGACGCUAUGCGGCGGAUGCAGGCGUCGGCGCGCGAGCUGUGA